AUGCGACUGUGGAUUUGCGGCUUAAAAAUUGCAGCCGCCCUCAAACAUGAGUUCCUCUCGGAAACCGCUCUGGCUGAAUCCGCGAAGGAGUCGAAAGCUGGUCAAGAGGCGAUUGAGCAGGUGUCGAGUACUUUGACAAGCUUUUCGGAUCGCGUGUCGUCCCAAGGAACGAGUCUGGACCCGGAUGUGGUAUUCGAGAGUUACUGUGUUCAUGACUAUUCGGCACCCUGUCCUGACGGUUGGGCGGUGGGGGACAAGUCUGAAUAUUGCAUAGCGGGCUUGUCUUAUACAGGUUCGAAGGAGCCAUAUUUUCCUCUUCCGGUUGACACCAAAGCGAAGCAGAAUGUGGAGAACGACUACGGUAUUCAUUGGCCCUGUGCAGUGAGCGGUUGUGUACAAGACUAUACGGUCCCGUGUCCGGAAGGCUGGAGUGUUAGCUCCGAUGGGAUUUGCAGCGAGCAGUCAGGACCGCAGACCUUUGCUGGGUUUGCCGCCACCGAGUCUGACCGGAGGAGUUUCUCGCUGACCAACGGCGUGACCUGGCCGUGCAUGACCGACUGUAUUAAGGACUAUCAUACUUUCCUUUGCCCCAUUGGCUGGGAAGAGGUUUUGUUCGAUAACGUGGUUCAGUGUGAAGCACCCACCUGGUACCAGGGCCCCUGUCCCGGAAUCCAGGCCGUGGGGGGACUCACAGUCGACUUGCUGCGAGAGCUCGAAACCAGGUGCAAAGUCAGCUACCCUUGUCAAGCGUGUAAACUUAGCGACAAGCUUUUCGACCAAUUCCAGUGCCCUGUUGGCUGGCAAGUCGAUGACUCCGACCACCUCUGCCACCGGACAAGACACCAGGAGCAGGCCAGUUUAAAGAGACACGACACGUGUGCGGAAGUACUUGGUGUGACUGCAACGUCCAGUAAGGAGGAGAAGCUACAUUUCGAGAUCUGGUGUGGCGCUCGCUGGCCUUGUGCGUCGGAUGCGGCCGUUCUGCCGGACUGUGCUCAGGACUUCACCUACCCUUGUCCACUCGGCUGGGUCUCAACGGGGUGGGCCGGCGUGGGCACCGCCUCAACCGGUAUGGGCACGACCUCAACCGGUAUGGGCACGACCUCAGUCGGAGUGACUGAAAACGGCGUCAGUCGCAGCAUUUGCAAGGCUCCGGAUAGCUACGUUGGCCGUUGUCCGGCGACCAUGACGAUGGUCGACACUGUGUCGUUUAAACAAGCAGCUUCUCAACACUGCGGCUUCGUCUUCCCUUGUCUCUCGGACUCCGCCCCGGAGCUUUGGACCGAGGCUGCGAAACAGGUUGUCGAAGAGGCUCCCAGUGACAAACCCUACGCGGAGUCGGCUGCGAACGGACCGAUAAAUAUGAAAGGCCAAGUCGUCACUCUUCCCUCCUGGAGAACCCAAAGCGAUCAGUACUGA